CGUGAAUUCCAUCGUCACUGAAUUUUCGCUGAAUUUCUUCGCCAUCACAACACCACCCCCGGAGUCCACACGACCAUGGCUUCUGAACUCGCGGGGUUCGUCUUGGACGACGGUCACCACCACAUGAUCCGUAAGUUUCUGUUGCACAACCGCUACUCGCGAAGCCAAUCGAGCGAGCAGCGCUACCAGGUUCACCUGCGUGUCUUAUUGGAGGCCACCGUUUUCUUCGCCGCGUUCUGGCUUAGACCCAACUUCUGGACGCUUCUGGAAAGCAUUGUCGACUUCCCCAAGGUAGAGAAUCCCGUCUAUACUAUUGAGGAUGUUGUCGAGAAAUUCAGCGAGGGACGUCGCGACUACCUCCGCAAGAAACACGGUUUCGACAGUCCGGGAAAUCAAAUGGCUGCCGACAUUGAACAUGCGCGGCUGGCCUUGCUUGACCAGCGACCCAACAAGGCGCUACCAACCACCCCGCAUGCGCUUCUAGCCGACAAGUUCAUCCGAAGCAAACUGUUUCCUGGUGAAGUUCCCGUGGGUCGAACCUGGCAGGAACUGAUGCACAGUUGGCCAUUGAAACUGUCAGAGGUACUCAACGCCGAGAAGGCACGGUUGACGGUGAGCGCAGACAAGGCUGCUUCCGCUAAUGCAAACACUGCUCCUUCUGCCGAUGCAAUAUUCGUUUCAUCCGGCAAUCCAGCCAUUACCUCCUUUGGAAAUUCGACUAAUGCACCUUCAAUCGAUGGAAACAACCAUAGUGUCAAGCUCGAGAACCCAUCUCGCGGCGCCAGGACCAAUACACCCUACGCCAUGGCGAACAAAGCUCUCUACGGCAAUUUCAAUUACGUCAAUGCGAAAAACAGCGCUCCUCCGAAUAAUGGGAUCAUCGGUCCUUACGAAAAUGUGAGCAAUGCUCCCGGUAUGGAUGGAACCAACGGCGGCCCCAACAACGCAGCUAGCGAUCUAUUCGGCGGUACGACUAAUUACCACACGAUCAACACUACUCAGGGUAAUAUGCUGAACCAUCUUCGGGGCAACGCAAGCAAUGUCCGCCACGGAAAUAGAACCUACGGUGGUUACCAUCGCACGUAUAGCAUGCCCCCGAAUCCCAAUGGCAACAUGGCCAGCUUCUAUGCGUUCGGCGCUGCUCACGGCCAAGGGACGAGCGCUCCACAUGGUAAUGCAAACAACGCUCCUUCCCGCGGUGGCAUGGAUGCUCCUUCUAGCAGUGAAAUCCAUUCUUCCUCUGGCAAUGGUCGCAAUGCCUCUUCUAGCACUGGGAUGGACGCCCUUGUCGGCAAUAAAGGAGAGGAUCUGCAGAUAAUGCACGUAUUCAACAAACGGAAGGCUCCCCGCGAAGUACAGAAGGAACAGCCGUCUCGAGUCAAACGACGAAUCGUUCGUACCCCGGAGCAGCGCCACAAUGAUCCUGAAAACGCGUCGAUGGGCUCGAACAACAUGGCAUUGGUCAAGCGCGAAUCCAGCGAGCCAGGAAGCAGCAGCGGAAACAACAACAGAGAAACGGCCGCCAUUCCUCUCAGCCCCGACCAAGAUUCAACCGCGAUCAGACUGGCCAACCAGGAAGCCACCAUCAAGACCCUCCAGGAGGAACUCCGACAAAUGCAAGAAACGGUCAAGGCAUCCACAGAGGCACGAGAGGCCUCUAGAAACGACGCGAUUCUGAACAGCAUCCGCGAGCAGAUGAACAGCUUCAGGCUGGAGUACGCACCCGCAGCCGCACCGCGAUCCAACACAAUCGAGAUUGCCCUCCCGGUGGGAAGCGAGCACCUCGAGUACCUCAAGUGCCGAGACGCGAAGCAGUUCCUUGGAGGUGUCGACGAUGAGAUUGGAAAGGUCCGAUCGGUGCUUGUGGCUAAGAUCAAAGCACAGGGCGAUACGGACGAGUCGUUGGCGAAGGCUCAAUAUUUAUACAAUGUUGUCCAUUACCUUGAGGUCGCGAUGGAGCAGGCGAAGAAGGGUGUCAGGGAGCUGUAAUAUGGGCUGUGGAUGCCGUGAUGGAGAUGGCGGAAAAGCAAUAUUUCCAGAAGAUUGUCAGAUUGUCACUUGACGAAGUGAUGGGAAUGACAAAGAAGGGUGUUCAGGAAUGGGAUCUUGCAUUCUGUACAACACCAUCGACACGAAAAGAAGGCAAGUAAGGUGUCCAGGAGUUUUGAGACGAGUUCUUCAUAACAUGAUGAAGAACUAAAGCCAGGGCGUUCAGGAAUAGUGCCAUGUGUUUGUUCUUCCCAACAAUAUGAACAACACAAACAAAGGUGUCCAGGAACCGUACACAUAUGAGUUUUGUAAGGCAGGGACAUUCAGGGAUGGCAGCUAUGUGGCUUCGGAAGAGGAGUUGAGGGUGGAUAUACCGAUUGAGUUGCUGCUUUGGUCGCAUUUGUCAUGAAUAGUGUUCCGACUGAUCAUUGGAGUUGAGGUAGUUAGCAGACAGCUAAUAGGGUAUGGAGC